CUCUCACCGGCUUCUUCACGACUUCCGCGAAAAGAUACAUUAUGGUACAGGAGAGAAUGUCCAUGGAUAACCUACAUUUAUUUACAAAUCUCCUUAUUGUGACCUAAGUAAAUAUUUUGUAGGCUGACCUGUAUAAAGUAUACAUAUCCUAUUUACUUAUAAUAGCUGACUCAUGAUCAGUGAAGCAUUUAUUUCGGUCUGUGUUAUCUUGUACCAUUGCACUGUCUUCAAAUAGUGUUUUAUAUUUAUACUGUUAAGAACAGUUGUAAAAAGGAUAUAGGGGUCCACUUUUUUAGAUCCAAACAAGUCAAAUGUGUUCAGAUGGUGUCUUAUUGUCCCCCGCCCUUCCGAAGAAAACUGUGGGCUAUCAAAAUGAGUGCAUUUGUCUGUCCAUCAGUCAAGAUAUCUGCUUCUAAUUGAGCUAGACUUGGUGUAUGUGUUUAUUAGUGUUAAGAUGGUGUCGUAUUUAACUAUAUUAUGGCUGAUUUAUUAUAUAACAAGUUUACAGUCGUUUCCAGUAUUCUGUGGUUAUUUGUUGAUUAUUGCCCUGUCAGGAUUGUGGCAGAAAUAUACCUCACGUUUAAAUUUACGUCCAUUUUUGAUUCUUCAUAAUUUUGGAUGUUGUUUAGUUAGUUUAAUUACAUUAUGUGGCUUCCUGUACGGUGUUUAUCUCAGUGGCUCAAUCUACAGCAAAACGCCAUCAUCUUUUCUCAAGUUGUGUUUUUGGUUGUACUGGACAACGAAGAAUGUAGAAUUACUGGAUACAGUAUUUAUGAUUUUGCGGCACAGAAGUCGUCAAAUUUCAUUUCUUCAUGUUUACCAUCAUUCUAGUAUGCUACUGCUUAGCAACAUUGCAUACAAUAGUUACUAUUGGCCAGCUAUUGCCUCAAUUCUUGCUCUAAACAGCUUUGUUCAUGUUGUUUUAUAUCUGUAUUAUGGAUUAUCUGCCCUUAGACCUCAAAACCCACCACAGUGGAAAAAACAAGUGACACAAAUUCAAAUCCUUCAGUUUGUUUUUGGAUUUGUCCUUGCCUUUUAUGGUUAUGCAAAUGGUCAUUAUUGUAUAUAUAGUAUAUUUUAUAACUCCACCAUGAUGGUAUUAUUUUCAAACUUCUAUUAUCAUGCGUAUGUCAAAAAACCUAAAUUAAAAUUAAAAUAGCUCAAAUUUUCAUAUAUUUUAUUUUUCAAAUUUUAUUUUUAUAUUUUAUGAACCUUUAAUUUUAGAGAUUACUGUUUUGUAUUUUAAACCUUUUACAUUGAAAAGCUCAAUAUGUUUUCUUUUUUAUGUGAAUUUAAAAUCCAUUGAAUACUCAUCAAAUUUCGGCUUUCAAUUGUUUUUUACAUGCACUCCAAUGUGUACAUGGACAGUCCCCCAGUAGAUAUUCUCGACCCACAUCGGGAUUCAAAUCCAAGACAUUCGAAUUGCGAGUCCUAUGCCUCUGCUGCUUAAACUAUUUUUACCACUGUAUAAUAAGAAACAUUCUGGUCAUUUGGUUGACUUACAAUGCUUGUUGUCUUAGUUUUACAGUUGCAGUUGUGGACUGACAGUUUGGCCUCCAAGGUUAAAUAAAUAGGUGCGAACAUGUGCUUACAGUUUUUGUCUUCCAGUUGUAGAAGAUGACCAGUAGGAGGAGCAGGAUCACCUGCCUUUCCAGGAUUCUCCAUUUUUUUACUCCUAAAAAUCAUGCAAAAUUGUUGAAACUAGGGUUACUAUAUGUUAGUCUCAAAAUCAACUAGAUAUACUAAUAUAUAAUAAGUACAGGGGGACUGCACCACACACAAAUAAGUACACAAGAUAAAUUUACGGACACGACACAAUACGCAGAAAUCACAAACAUAAAAGUGGAUCCUGAUGUUGAUCGAUCUUCUCAGGAAUUAGCUCACAUGAUCAGAUGAACAUUUUCUAAAAUGCUGUUUUUAUAUAUUUAUUUUGAAGAAAAAUGUAUUCUAUUUAGUUCAAUUAUCUAUGCAUAAUCAAACCAAAUGUUGUUGAUAAAUUUGUCUUUAUUUCUUUCUAACAAUUUGUUAUUAACUAUUUUUUAAUAUUCAUAAUUUUGGUUUUAGAUCAUAAUGUAUUUGUGAAAGUUUUUGUAUAUGCUAUUUUAAAAAAAAGGAUAUGUGUAAUAAAUAUCAACUGUUCAAUUUAGCACAGUAAAGUCUGAAGAGACAA